AAAUAUGCCACCACGAAGAGCCUAUACAGCACCUAUUCCUAAUAGGUUUACUAAUACCACUUAUAAUAGAGGCUCGAUUACGAGCAAUGAAGAGGCAUUCUCGUCAUCAAAUAUUUUAAGCAAUUAUAUGCGAUUAGAAAUUACGAAACAUAGCAUUUCUAUGAAGUAUCAAGCUGAGAAAGAAGAUAAAGAUAGAAAUUAUAUGAAAGAAAAAGAAGAUAAAAACCGAGAUUAUUGGAGGUAA